AUGGCGACGACUGCUGCUGGCCCGUCGCGACCCAGUCGCCUUUUCUAUAUCAACGACAAGUCGAGCGGUCUCCGUUUCCUGGUUGAUAUCGGUGCCGAGGUCAGUGUCAUCCCGCCUCUAAGGCGUCACCGCCUCAAGCCUUCGCAAUUCUCACUGCAGGCUGCAAAUAGCACCACAAUCAGCACCUACGGCCAACGGUUCCUCACUUUAGAUCUUGGUCUCCAGCGACGUUUUCAAUGGGUCUUUAUUGAGGCUGACGUCAAAUCGCCCAUUAUCGGGGCCGACAUUUUGUCAUCUUUCGGCUUAACAGUCGAUGUCAGACACCGUUGCCUCACAGAUGCAACCACCCAACUCUUUACCGUAGGUACCAUUAGCUCUGAACGUUCGGUUGGCAUUCAUCUCACCAUCCCCAGCACCCCUUUCGCUGACAUUUUGAAGGACUACCCGUCCAUCACUAAACCAUGUCAUUUUACCGAAACCGUUCAACACGGAGUGAAACAUCACAUUGUCACGGCAGGGCAACCAGUGCAUGCUCGUCCGCGUAGACUCCACCCUGAGAAGCUCCGAAUAGCAAAGAACGAAUUUGAACAUAUGAUGAAUCUGGGCAUUAUACGCUCUUCAUCUAGCCCAUGGGCCUCACCACUGCACAUGGUGCCAAAGAAGUCAUCUGACGAUUGGAGACCGUUGUGUGAUUAUCGAGCCCUAAGCAGGUCCACAAUUCCUAACCGGUACCCCAUUCCUCACAUUCAUGACUUUUCCCACACGUUAGCCGGUAAAACAAUUUUUUCCAAGAUAGACCUCGUCAGAACGUACCACCAAAUCCCGGUCGCUGAGGAAGGCAUCCCAAAGACCGCUAUCACGACACCCUUUGGGCUGUUCGAAUUUAUUCGCAUGCCUUUUGGUUUGCGCAAUGCUGCCCAGUCGUUCCAGCGCUUUAUCGAUGAGAUCUUGCGGGACCUUCCAUUCGCUUACGCCUACAUCGACGACAUACUCGUCGCAAGCUCUUCGGCAGAGGAACAUGCCCCGCAUUUAGGCCUCAUAUUCGAUCGUUUUCAGCAACACGGUUUGCAAUUAAACGUCGACAAAUGCGUUUUUGGCGUUAAUUCUCUCGAUUUCCUUGGCCAUCACGUCGAUCAGCACGGAAUCACUCCACUUACAGAAAAGGUGCAAUGCAUCUUGUCUUUCCCUGUUCCCAACACACUUACUCAGCUGCGACGUUUCAUAGGCCUUAUUAACUAUUACAGACGUUUUAUUCCCCAUUAUGCGGCAAUCCUGGCUCCCUUGACUGACCUUUUGAAAUCGAAAGCAAAACCUAUUGAACUUUCACCGGCAGCCCAUACAGCUUUUGAGGAAGCAAAGAAGGCUCUUGCCGAUGCCACCAUGCUGCACCACCUCAGCUCUGACGCUCAUGCACAGCUUAUUUUGACCACUGACGCUUCCAGCAGUGCUGUCGGCGCAGUCUUGCAUCAACAGGUGAAUAACCAGUUGCAGCCUUUAGCUUUCUUUUCGCAGAAGCUACAACGGGCGCAGACUCGCUACAGUACUUUCUCUCUCGAGCUCCUUGCCAUCUACUUGGCCAUAUGUCACUUUCGACACCUUUUAGAGGGCAGAGACUUUUCGGUCCACACCGGCCACAAACCUCUCACUUACUCCCUGAAGGCCAAGCCAGAUCGGUAUUCGUCCAGGGAAGUUCGUCACCUGGACUAUAUAUCGCAGUUUACUGCAGAUAUCCGCUACGUCCGAGGCAGCGACAAUGUCGUUGCUGAUGCAUUAUACCGUCCGGACAUCAACACACUCACAUCCGAUUUCGACCUGGCGAAGCUUGCAGACCUCCAAACAGCAGACGAGUUUAUCGCGGACUUACGUACGUCUACUACUCUUCAGCUUCGAGAUGCACCACUUCCUGCGUCACCAGGUACGAUUUUGUGCGAUUGGUACACAGGCACCCCUCGUCCUGUUGUUCCACCAUCCUAUCGUAAGGUUGUCUUUGACCACUUUCACGCCCUCUCUCACCCUGGCAUUCGCGCCGGACGCAAGUUAAUUGCGGCUCGUUUUGUUUGGCCGAAGAUGAAUUCCGACAUUGCUCUUUGGACCAAACAGUGUCUCACAUGCCAGAAGAACAAGGUGCAUCGACACACCUUCUCCCCUCCAAGUACCUUUGCGGUCCCGGACAUUCGAUUUAAUCACGUUCACUUGGAUUUAAUCGGACCGUUACCCCCUUCACGUGGGUACACACAUAUCCUGACGGCAGUUGACCGUUUCGCACGAUGGCCGAUUGCCGUUCCUAUCUCGGAUACCUCGGCAGAAAAUAUCGCCAUGGUUUUUCUGACCCACUGGAUCUCAACUUUUGGUGUUGCAGCCACCCUUACCACUGACCGCGGAAGUAAAUUCCAAUCUAGCCUCUUCCGUGCGUUCACUAGACUGCUCGGGUGUGCGCAUAUCACAACCACGGCAUACCAUCCUGCCUCCAACGGCCUCGUUGAGCGUCUACACCGCCAACUCAAGUCCGCACUGAUGUCCCAAACAGAGUCAGCCACUUGGAGUGUCAAUCUCCCUCUUGUGCUUUUGGGCAUCCGAUCUUCUGUCAAGGAGGACAUCCAAUGCGCUGCCGCCGAACUUGUGCACGGUACAUCCCUCCGUCUGCCCGGCGAAUUUGUUCAGCCUUCCACGACAAACACUAACAUCGCGAGCAGCUUCGUACAGCAGUUGAAACAACGCAUGGCUCAACUGCGUCCAACCCCCACUCGUCUGACAUCGAAACAUGUGUUUGUACACGAGGACCUUAAAUCUGUCCCCUUUGUUUUCGUCCGGCAUGACGCAAUGCGCAAGCCCCUUUGUCCUCCCUACUAUGGCCCAUAUAAGGUCGUUCAGCGGAAAGACAAGUUUUACGUCCUUCAGAAGGCUGAUAAGACUGACACGGUCUCCAUUGAUCGCCUUAAGCCAGCCUAUCUGGAGUGCCUCCCGUCGACCAGUGCGCCAUCCAUUCCCCCUACUAUGUCCACACCCGAUACACUCACUCCGCUCACCUACCCUCCAUCACCACACUCGACCAUUCUACCCACCCAAACGGAUCCUCCUCCUACACCACCGCCCAUUUCAUCUCGUUCCGGUAGACAUAUCCGUUUUCCCGCCAAACUUAAAGACUUUGUAGUGUAA